AGAGAGGGGGUGGUUGCUGCUGCCCGGGGAGGGCUGGGAGUCUUUUCCACGUUUGCAAACGCCGCCGCACGCCCAGGCCCGACUCGCGCCGCCCGAGCUCAGCGCGCCUCUCCAGCUCCGCGCCGCGACCCCCUUUCCUCGCUGCCCGCGAUGGCGAUCAGGGCCCGGGGUUGGCGGCCCCCGCCGCCGCCGCUGCUCCUGCUGCUGCUCUGGGUGACCGGGCAGGCGGCGCCCGUGGCGGGCCUGGGGCUGGGCUCCGACACGGAGCUGCAGAUCGAGCGGCGCUUCGUGCCCGACGAGUGUCCCCGCACCGUGCGCAGCGGCGACUUCGUGCGCUACCACUACGUGGGAAUGUUCCCAGACGGCCAGAAGUUCGACUCCAGCUAUGACAGAGACUCCACUUUCAACGUGUUUGUGGGAAAAGGACAACUGAUUGCAGGAAUGGACCAAGCUCUGGUCGGGAUGUGUGUAAAUGAGAGGCGUUUUGUGAAGAUCCCCUCAAAGCUGGCCUAUGGAAGUGAAGGAGUUUCUGGUGUGAUUCCCCCAGAUUCAGUGCUUCAUUUUGAUGUACUUCUGAUGGAUAUUUGGAAUUCGGAAGAUCAGGUUCAGAUUCACACUUACUUCAAGCCCCCCAGUUGCCCUCGGACCAUCCAGGUGUCUGAUUUUGUUAGGUACCACUACAAUGGAACGUUCUUGGAUGGGACACUGUUUGAUUCGAGUCACAAUCGCAUGAAAACAUAUGACACAUAUGUGGGAAUUGGCUGGCUGAUUCCUGGAAUGGACAAAGGGCUGCUGGGGAUGUGUGUGGGAGAAAAGCGCAUCAUCACCAUACCUCCUUUUCUGGCCUAUGGAGAAGAUGGAGAUGGGAAAGACAUUCCUGGGCAGGCAUCUCUGGUGUUUGAUGUUGCAUUAUUGGACCUCCAUAACCCCAAGGAUGGCAUUUCCAUUGAGAAUAAGGUAGUUCCUGAAAACUGUGAGCGGCAAAGUCAAACGGGGGACUUUCUCAGGUAUCAUUACAACGGCACACUUCUGGAUGGUACAUUCUUUGAUUCCAGCUACUCGCGGAACCGCACCUUUGACACGUACAUUGGGCAGGGCUACGUGAUUGCUGGGAUGGAUGAAGGUUUACUCGGCGUUUGCAUUGGAGAGAAGAGGAGGAUCGUGGUCCCCCCUCACCUGGGGUAUGGCGAGGAAGGAAGAGGGAACAUCCCCGGCUCGGCUGUGCUGGUGUUUGACAUCCACGUGAUUGACUUUCACAACCCUUCAGACUCCAUCAGCAUCACCUCCCACUAUAAGCCCCCCGACUGUUCAGUGCUGAGUAAGAAGGGGGAUUACCUCAAGUAUCACUACAACGCCUCGCUUCUGGAUGGGACGCUGCUGGAUUCCACGUGGAACUUAGGUAAAACAUAUAAUAUCGUUCUGGGAUCUGGACAAGUCGUGUUGGGAAUGGAUAUGGGUCUCAGAGAGAUGUGCGUUGGAGAGAAACGGACUGUGAUCAUUCCACCCCACCUGGGCUACGGGGAGGCUGGUGUGGAUGGAGAAGUGCCCGGCAGUGCUGUGUUGGUGUUUGACAUCGAGCUGCUGGAGCUCGUGGCCGGCCUGCCGGAGGGGUACAUGUUCAUAUGGAACGGCGAGGUGUCAGCCAACCUCUUUGAAGAAAUUGACAAGGACGGCAAUGGAGAAGUCCUCCUGGAAGAGAAGAAGCAGCUGUGCACAGAGAAGGUAAAUGACUUCCCCAAGGUUGCACAGCCAUCCAGCGGUUUGUACACAUCCCCGUCUGGAGCAUCUGGAUCCUGUGCUGUUUCUCCUGCACGAGACACCCCUUUGUGGAACUGGGCAAUAGAGUCCUCUGUCUUGUCACAGCCCCAGGGAAUUCCAGCUCUCCGCCUGUUCCACGUCUGCUUAUUCAAGGACGUGGCUCCAGCCUUCUCCCCUAUCUCUCUUCUGUCAUCAUUUCCCCAGCUACUGGACCGUUCACAUUAGCCCGAGAACAUGCUGCUAUUUUCCCUUCUCUUAAUACAUCUUACCAUUUCUUUUAGGUCUUUGCUCCCUUUACAGCAAAAACCUCAAAAGAGUUGUCUGUCCUCCCUGCCUCCAAUUCCUUUCCUUCUAAUCCAUUUCACACCCACUCCUGUUGGGUUUUUAUCCCUCCACGCCACUGAACCUGGUCUCACUAAGGCGCUGAACCUUACUUACUCUUACUUCAGCACAGCUGUCUCCUUUUUGAGACGUCUUCUUUCCCUGGCUUCCACAGCACAGUUUCUCUGUGUUCCUUCUACCUCACUGGUAGCUCCUUCUCAGGAGUCUUCUUCCUGGGCUCUUCGGGUGGAGGCUAAGUCCUGAACUUGAGCUCUUCUCCCCCUUACAUCACACCCUUGGUGGUCUCCUCCAGUCCCAUGGCUUUACCAUCCUUGUCCUGUGACUUCCAGACGGGCAGCUCCGGGCUCAUCUUCUCUCCACUUCACACUCAGGUAUCCAACUGCCCACUUGAUAUCUUCAUUUAUUGAACUUGCUUCACCCAAAGCCUUCCCCAUCUCAUUCGAUGGCAUCGCCUUCCUUCCAGUUGCUCAGGUGAGAGCACUCAGUCAUCUCUGACUCCUCUCCUCCUCUCACAGGCUAGGAUAAAUCCAUCAGGAAAUUAUUCUAGCUCUAUCUUGAAAGUAUAUCCAGAAGCUGCCCACUUCUCAUCACCUCUACUCCAUAGCAUCUCAGUCCAGUGCCCACCGCCUCCCGCUUGGACCUCUACGAAGGUCUUCUUGCUCUCACCCUUGCCCCUCACAGCAGCCAAAGUGAUCCUUCUAAAACAUAAGUCAGAGCAUGGCCUGCUUCAUCUCAGAACCCUGUAGAAGCUUCCUGUUGGGCUGCAUCCCGCAGGCCUGAAAGCCUUGUAGUUGCCCAGCCUUGAGACUGAAGAAAGAGCCUAGAGACAGCGACAGAGACAUCAACAACUUAUUGGACAGGGGUAUCAUACAAGUCUGCAGCAAAAGGUCCUGGAGCUACCCCUACGACUGUGUACGGCAGACAGGAGGCAGGACAUAACAGGAAUCUCCGUUACCUGGGAGAGAAGGCCACCAUUUAUAGGAGAAUUGACAUCAGGUUGGCUUAUCAGUUACCAGGGAAACCAGCAGCUGGGGCAUGUCCCUCACAGCCCCAGGUUAAUGACCAUCACGAGGGCAGAGGUUUCCCUUUACUAAACUAGCAGGUGGAGCCAUUCUGGCCUAAGGAUUAGAACAAUCACUAGCUGGGGCAGGGGGCAAGCAUGUUCUUGUGAGUAGGGUGUAGGUGAAGCAGAGACUAGUCAAACAGGGGAUGUACAAAGACAAGAGAACAGCCAUCUUGAGUGGUCUGACCAUACAUCCCCCUAUUUCCAAAGUCUUUGCAAUGGCCCACAAAGGCCCUCCACCACCUGCUUGCCGUAACCUCCUCUCCAACAAGUCUCCCUUUGCUGUCCUGUAAACACACUGGGCAUGUCCACCCCGGGCCUUUUUACCAGCUGUUCUCAGCUCAGAAGACACUUCCCCUAGAUAACUGUUGGGCUUGUUCCCUCACUUCCUUCAAGCCUUUGCACAAGACUCUCUUUCACAUUAGGGUUUUACCCUGACCACCAAAUUGAUACUUCAACCCGUUCCCGACUGCACUCUGGAUCUUCCUUACUUGGCUCUACUUCUUCAUUUUUCUGGAGCAUUUUACUUUCUAAGUUAACAUGUAGUUUACUUACUUUUUAAAUGUUCCUUUUUGAUCAUGUAUCUUGUCCACGAGCAUGUGCUGGAACUGCAAGGGCAGGAUGUUUUGCUUGUUUAUUGAUCUAUCCCCAGGGUCUAGGAUGGUGCUUAGCACACAGUAGACAGUAAGUUUUUAUUGUAUGAAUGAAUGAAUGAAUGAAUGAAUGAAUGAGAGGCGAGGGUGGUUAGGGGAUCGGCCUUUGGUGGAAAACUAAGUGUUGAUUUGGGGAAAAGGGAUAGUUCCAGUGGUUGCUCUGUAUUGGCUGCCUGGGACCUAAGGGCUCCUGGAGUCAUUUUGGCAGGGGUUUUUUAACCUGCAUCUGGAGGAAAAAACCCGGGUCGUGUAGCUCAGAAGAUUUUGUCUGUUCUGCUGGCUCAGACUCAAAUUCCAGCCCCAUCGCCCUUGGGCUGCUCUGUUCAGGCUCCAGCUUGGUGUUCUCAGCUGCUGUAUCUCAUGGUCUGUCCUGCCCCUUUCUCUCCAGUUCUCAGAAUACAUUCAUGCCCAGGUGGCAUCUGGCAAAGGGAAACUUGCCCCUGGAUUCGAUGCUGAGAUGAUUGUGAAGAAUAUGUUCACCAACCAGGACCGGAAUGGAGAUGGGAAGGUCACGGCUGAGGAGUUUAAACUCA